AUGUCAGAAUAUUUUAGGAAAUACAUUAAAAAGGAGCAUUAUCCUGUUCAUCCGUCUAGCAUUAAGUUUAAAACUACUUUCAAAAAUUGCAUUUUAGAAUCCAUGAAAAGAAGGUAAUGGAAAGAAGCAGAGUUCGAUGAUUGGGAUUUAAAUUGGGCUGAAAAGGAAUGGAUUUUAGAUGUUAUGGAUCAUGCUCACGUUUCUUCAAACCAGAGAGUCAAUCACUAUAGAAAUUUUUCAGAACUUUGUAGAAAGGAUUUGCUGAUCAAAAAUAUUAAGAAAUACAAGAAGACGUUAGAAAAAGAAAAUAAAUUGGAAGAAGCGGCAUUAUACAAUUUUACUCCUUUGACAUAUAACUUGCCAAGUGAAUAUUCUAUUUUUUGUGAAGAAUUCAAGAAAGUAAAUUCUAUGAGUGAUUCCAAGCAACUUUGGAUUAUGAAGCCUAUAGGAAAAGCAUAAGGAAAGGGUAUUUUCUUAUUUAGAAAUAUAAAAGAAAUCGGAAACUGGAAGAACACAUAUCGAUAUAAUCCUGAUAACCCUUAAGCUGAUCCAUAUGUAGUGUAAAAGUAUAUAGCAGAUCCUCUUUUGAUAGGUGGAAAAAAAUUUGAUAUGAGAAUAUAUGCUUUGUGCGUUUCUUACUAACCUCUUACUGUAUACCUUUACAGAACAGGUUUUGCAAGAUUUACUCAUCACAGAUACGAUUUAGAGGAUAUUAGCAAUGCAUAUGUACAUUUAACAAAUGUUGCCAUUUAGAAAACAUCAGAAAACUAUGACGAAAAACUUGGUGGAAAAUGGUUACUUCAAACAUUAAAAUUAUAUUUGAUUUCUAAAUAUGGAUAAGAAAAAGUAAGUGAGGCUUUUUAUUAAAUUCAGUAAAUAAUCAUAAAGGCUUUAUAGGCUGUUUAAAAAGUUAUGAUUAACGAUAAAAGAUGCUUUGAGCUAUAUGGAUUUGAUAUUCUCUUUGAUGCAUAGCUUAAGCCAUGGCUGCUAGAAGUUAAUGCAAGUCCUUCAAUGACAGCAAAUACACAAGUUGAUAGCGAAUUAAAAAUAAGUGUCCUAGAUGAUACUUUUACAAUAAUCGAUAUUGAAAGAAUUUUAACAGGUUAAGAAGAAUAAAUAGGAGGAUUUGAUUUGAUUUUUAAAGGGAAUUAAAUCAAGCUACCUUAAAAUAGUACUUACAGCAGUUUGCUUGGAUGCUACAAUAAUAGAAAUCAGUAGUUAAAAAAACUUGCUAAGAGUACUGCUAUUAGAUUAGCACAGUAAUAUGCAGAGCAAUAAUAAUAGCAAUAGUAAUAGCAACAACUAUUGCUUUAACAACAAAAGCAGAAUGAUUUGAAUAAAUAGAGAAGUAGUUCUAAAGGCCCUCAGUAAAAUUUCAAUUAAACUUUUAAGAAUAACUAGCCAAUAAAAUCUGGUUAUUCGAGAUAUAAUGCAGCAAAAGCAGGUCCUAAUAAGCUUAUAAAGAAAGUGGUGUUGAACCAAGGUGGAUCAAGUACUCCUCUUCAAUCUUAACAAGGUCAGUAAAAUUUGUUGUAACCUCAAUAAUAGCCUUCCAGUUAAAUUAUAAGUAACACUGGUGGCGUAAAGAUUGGAUAAAACUAAAAUAAUAAUAUUAAUAACACUACAAAUACUAGUUAAUUAUCUUCUUAAGCAUCUUAAUAAUCAACUUCUUAGUCUUCUUAAUAAUCUUCUUCGCAAAAUUAAAUUAAUUAGGUACGCAAGUAAACACAACCACAGUAACCGAAUAUUCCAAAGCAAGUCAAUUCACAAUUAAAUCCAAACAGCGGAUAGAUGAUGAUGAUGGUUAAUCCUACUAACAAUAUGAAUAUUAAUUAGAAGCUGAACCAAUACAAUGAUGAUAAAAACAACGAUAAAUUCUAAAGAUAUUUCAAAGAAGAAGAAAAGUAUAUGGAACUCUUAAAAGGACAGCACCGUGACGAAGAAUGA